AUCCAACACCAAUUGGCACGUAACCUCUUUAAUGCGUUGCGUAGCCGUCAGACGAUUGCCCCCUUAACAACGACUUAUCCUGAUAUCACCAUUGAGGAUGCUUAUCAAAUCUCCUUAAAUAUGUUACGGUUACGUGAACAUGAAGGUGAAAAAGUGAUUGGCAAAAAAAUAGGUGUGACCAGCAAACCCGUACAAGACAUGUUAGGUGUCCACCAACCUGACUUUGGCUUUCUCACUGAUAAGAUGUGGGUAGAAGACGGUGCCACGGUCAGCCUAAGUGCUUAUGCCUUAAUUCAACCCCGUGCUGAAGGUGAAAUUGCCUUUAAGCUCAAAGCCGAUCUUCCCACCACCCAUGUCACGCCAGAAAUCGUCUUAGCUGCGACCGAAUGUAUUUUUCCUUGUUAUGAAAUUGUUGAUUCUCGGAUAGAAAACUGGCAAAUCAAAAUCCAAGAUACCGUAGCUGACAACGCUUCUUGUGGUAUUUUUUGCGUCGGCGCCCCUUUUUAUGAUUUUCACAAACUGGAUUUAGCUCAAGUCACCAUGAAAUUGUUUAAAAAUGGUGAGCAUAUUGCCAGUGGAAAAGGUGAAGCGGUACAAGGACACCCUGCACAAGCCAUUGCUUGGCUUGCUAAUACCCUCGGACACUUUGGCGUAAAAUUGGGGACGGGAGACAUUGUUUUAUCAGGCUCUUUAGCUCCGCUAGUCCCUAUUGUUGCAGGCGAUCGUUUUGAACUCGACAUGCCUAUUGGAUUUGCCAUGGCAAAAAUUAAAUGUGCAAUGAUCGGUUCGGGUAAUAUCGGCACGGACUUGAUGAUGAAACUGAUGCGUAGCGACUGGUUAGAACCGGUUUGGAUGGUCGGGAUCGAUCCUGAGUCCGAUGGUUUAGCGCGCGCUAAAGCAGCAGGUCUAAAAACCACUCAUGAAGGUGUUGACGGUCUAGUCCCCCACAUGAAAGCAGACAACAUUCAAAUUGUUUUUGAUGCCACUUCGGCCUAUGUACAUGCUGAAAACUCACAAAAAGUCAAUGAACAAGGCGCGCUGAUGAUCGAUUUAACACCUGCUGCCAUUGGACCUUUUUGUGUCCCCCCCGUCAAUUUGGAAAACCUUGGCAAUACGAUCAAUAAUGUCAAUAUGGUUACAUGCGGUGGUCAGGCAACCAUCCCGAUGGUCAACGCAGUCUCCCGUGUGCAACCUUUGUCUUAUGCUGAAAUUGUAUCCACGGUUUCCUCAAAGUCAGCUGGCCCUGGAACACGUAAAAACAUUGAUGAAUUCACCCGUACGACCGCAGGCGCAGUGGCAAAAAUUGGAGGCAGUCCACAAGGCAAAGCCAUUAUCAUUUUAAACCCUGCCGAUCCGCCUUUGAUUAUGCGCAACACUGUCCACUGCUUAACUGUUGAUAAACCGAAUGAAUCAGCAAUUACCGACUCGGUUCAACUCAUGCUCAAAGAGGUACAAAAAUAUGUGCCUGGUUAUCGAGUGAAGAACGGUCCCGUAUUUGAUGGUCACCGCGUCACCGUAUUUUUGGAAGUGGAAGGGCGUGGUGAUUAUUUACCUAACUAUGCGGGUAAUUUAGACAUCAUGACAGCGGCAGGUAUGCGUACGGCUGAAAUGUAUGCAGAAAAAAUGCAAAAGGGUAAAAAAGUCAUUGUGCAUGACAUGACCCUACGCGAUGGCAUGCACCCCAAACGCCAUCAGAUUUCCAUUGAACAAAUGAAAUCCAUUGCCAAAGGCUUAGAUCAAGCGGGUGUGCCGCUCAUUGAAGUCACUCACGGCGAUGGGCUAGGUGGCUCAUCUGUCAAUUACGGCUUCCCAAUGCACACCGAUGAAGAAUACCUAAAAGCCGUUGUCCCUGAGCUCAAAAACGCGCACGUGUCUGCUUUAUUAUUACCUGGCAUUGGUACCGUUGAACACCUCAUCAUGGCCAAAGAUCUCGGUGUAAAAACCAUCAGGGUGGCAACACACUGUACGGAAGCGGAUGUUUCUGAACAACACAUUUCGAUGGCGCGUAAGCUUGACUUGGACACGGUGGGCUUUUUAAUGAUGGCGCACAUGAUUUCUCCUGAACAAGUCGUUGAACAAGCCUUAUUGAUGGAAAGUUAUGGCGCAAACUGUAUUUACUGCACAGAUUCAGCAGGUUAUAUGUUACCCGAUGAUGUUACGGCACGGAUUGCUUUAUUACGCGAAAAACUCAAACCAGAAACCGAAUUGGGUUUCCAU